AUGCCGCUGACACUGUAUGACAAGAUCUAUCAAGAACAUCUGGUUAAUCCUGAUGACAAGGAGGCACCGUUGCUGUACAUUGACUCGCACUUGAUCUUUGAGGUGCCAACUGCCCAAGCAUUUGACGGACUCAGGAAGAGCAAUCGGCCAGUGAGGAGGACAGACUUAACACUUGCGACCGUUGAUCACAAUGUGCCGACCAACGACCGAUCGAAAUACCAGGAUGCGGUGUCUUUCGUCAAAGAGCCCCAGGCCAGAACACAAAUCACGCUGCUGGAGAAAAAUAUCAAAGAGCACGACAUCAGAUAUUUCGGCAUGGCAGAUCGACGCCAGGGCAUCGUGCAUGUCGUAGGUCCGGAGCAGGGACUCACAUUGCCCGGAUCGACUCUAUUCUGCGGAGAUUCGCAUACGCCUACCCACGGUGCUGUGGGUGCCCUGGCUGUGAGCGGCGGCACUUCAGAUAUUGAACAUGUGCUGGCGACACAGACGGUCCUUCAGAAAAAGUACAAGAAUUUCCGUGUCCAGGUAGAAGGAGAGCUUCGUUUGGGCGUCUAUUCCAAAGACAUAAUCUUACACCUGUUGGGCAAGAUCGGUACGGCUGGUGCAACCGGGUGUGUUGUUGAGUUCUGUGGUUCAACCAUUCGAAACCUCUCCAUGGAAGCAAGGAUGGUGCUGUGCAAUAUGAGUAUCGAGGGAGGCGCCCGAACCGGCUUGGUCGCACCGGACGAAGUGACGUUCGAGUAUCUGAAAGGACGACCACUUGUACCUUCGGGGGCUGAGUGGGACAAAGCGAUGGCUUACUGGAAGACGCUGCACAGUGACGAGUAUGCGCGCUGGGAUUUCUCAGUCGACAUCGAUGCAGCUGAUAUUGCCCCUUCAAUCACCUGGGGCACUUCUCCAGACGAUGUCAUUCCGAUAACUGGUCACCUUCCAGAUCCGACAGAUUUUGACGAUGAGGAACCACUCAAAGCAGCCGCUAUCCGCCGGGCCCUACAAUACAUGGACUUGAAGCCGAAAAUGCUUGCAACAGACAUCAAGAUUGACCGCGUCUUUAUUGGAUCUUGCACCAACGCGAGGAUCGAAGAUCUGAGGGCUGCCGCCAGAGUUGCGAGAGGGAGGAAAGUAGCAGAUUCCGUCUAUGCAAUGGUCGUCCCAGGCUCAGGUCUUGUGAAACAGCAAGCGGAAAGUGAGGGCCUAGAUGUGAUUCUAAAAGGUGCUGGGUUUGACUGGCGUGAAGCCGGGUGUUCGAUGUGUCUUGCCAUGAAUCCGGAUGUGCUUUCUCCCGGCGAGCGGUGUGCUUCCACAACGAAUCGAAACUUUGAAGGCCGGCAAGGCCCAGGUGGCAGGACUCAUCUCGUCUCGCCGGCAAUGGCCGCCGCAGCGGCCAUCAAAGGUCACCUGACAGAUGUGAGAGAGUUGAUGACCACGGGGAAUGGAUCCAUCGCAGUGACCCAACUGACGCUGGAAGGCGAUAGAGUCAGCAGCUACGGGAAAGUGGCGUCCAGUGCAUCUGCACCAGAUUCGGAAAGCCGAAAUGGCACAGUCGCAAAGCGUCCAGCUGAGGAGGCAAAGCGCAGCGUCGAAGGCAUUCCGAAAUUCGACGUUGUUCAUUCUGUCCCCGCUCCGUUCAACAUGCGAAACAUCAAUACCGAUCUAGUCAUUCCAGGAGAUUUCCUCAAAACCACCAAGAGGACUGGCCUGGGCCCUCACUUGUUUCAGGAAUUGCGCUACGACAGUACCACGCAUGAGGAGAUACCAGAAUUUGUUCUGAACCAAGAGCCAUAUCGCAAGUCCAAGAUUUUACUGUGUACGGGAGAGAACUUUGGAUGCGGCUCAUCUCGAGAACAUGCGGUCUGGGCACUUGUCGAUUUUGGCAUCCGAUGCGUCAUUGCCCCUUCAUUCGCAUCGAUAUUCUUCAACAACUCUGGCAAGAACGGCCUCCUCGCAAUUCCGCUUGACGACUCUGCGGCACUACAGAAGAUCCAUGCUGAGGGGCUCGCCAAGCGUGAGGUCAAGGUGGACUUGCCGAGUCAAGAGAUUCGAGAUGCCGAAGGUUACUUGAUCGCAAGCUUUAAGGUGGAUGCAUACACAAAGCAUUGUUUGCUGAAUGGCUUGGACGACAUCAGUAACACUCUGAUGAGCGAAGAGAAGAUCUGUGAGUUUGAGGCCAAGCAGCAAACGAAGUUUCCCUGGCUGUUUGGUCGCAUACGGAAGCUGCAGUCUCCGCGGCGACUUGGUCUCCACCUGCCAGGCGCACAGGAUGUCUUCGACUGGUAG